GCUGCUCGCCUCCCCUCGACGGCGCACCGGCGCAAAGUGGAACGGCUCCCCUCCUUGUCGGACAACGGCUUCGGCAGCACACUCGGCGACCAGCGAAGCGCGCACGCCGCUCUGCACGCCGCCGACCAGGGUCACGCCGCCUGCUCUGUCGCCGCCGCGAGCCCCAACCGCGAGAAGCGCCCACCACUGUGGAUUACGACGCUGCUCGGAUCCUGUUCAUGCUAAGCUGCCGAUGGAGCGCCGCAGGCGGUGGCCGGCGAGCUACGCACUAACGGGCUUGGUGCUGGCCAGCGUUGGUUUGCCCGCCGUCUGGGCUCGCGUCUACGACCGCUGCGAACUUGCCUUGGAGCUGCACGACCGUUUCAAGUUUCCCAAGAGGGACCUCGACAAGUGGCUGUGCCUCGCCUAUUGGGAAAGCAGGUUCGACACUCGAGCAUACCACAAGGGCAAAUACGAUGGCAGUGGCGACCAUGGUAUCUUUCAGAUCAACGAUAAGCACUGGUGUCAGCCACACCAAGGUCACAGCGAGAACGUCUGUAGGAUGCCCUGUUACCUGCUACGGGAUGACAACCUAUAUGACGACAUUGAAUGCGUGAACAAAAUAUUCCGGAGACACGGCUUCCACGCGUGGAUGAUGUUCAGCCACAAAUGCUCGGGCAACACGCUCGAGUUCUUUAAUGGUUGCGACUUCCGGAUACGACGCGGUGACAUGACCAGUUCGCCAACGGGGCUGCAGAUCACCAUAGAGCCGCCGCCAAUACUGGAGAAGCUGAGCCAACUCAGCAAGGGCAUAUACCAGGCAGGCAGCCACCCGGUGCCCACUCGCGGCGCACCUGAUCCGUCCCCAGGGCCAAGCGCCGGUCCACCGGCUCCACGCUGGACAUCCAAGACCAACGUGCCGCAGAAGCCGCGCCCCGUCGUCAUUCGACCGCCUAGGCCACAGCCACCGCCAAAGAAGGAAACGAAUGCUGUCCUGCCACAGAGGCCGCCGCCCCUGAAGCGCUUGCCAGCGCCACCUCCCCCAAAGCCGCCGCGCUUGGUGCCUGCCGCUGUUGCCAGGCCUCCCCGGCAGCAAGGACCACGUUUUCCGGCACUGUCGAGGCCUUCACUCACGCGGGCUCCACAGCCCCCCAAGACACCCGGCGGUCUGCUUAUGCCGCAGGAGUCUGUUGGGCACGCUGUAUUCGGCGUGCCUCCGCCAUUCGUGCCAACGUUACCAGGCACACACCAGCGUCGUCCGCCGCCGCCGCCGCCGCCGCCGCCGCCGCAUCUGUUGGCCGUGCCUCCUCAGGGGCUCGCCAUGUUUGGUCUGCGUCGUGGCCCACCGCCGCUGCCUAUACCUAUCCACGUGCCUCCACCACAGGAGCAACAGUCGCCAGUCGUCUACAAGCGCACGAAGACGCGCCGGUUACCCGGCGGUCUCCGGCUACGACCCUUCUUCGGCUUCGCCAGGUCGUCUAGGGCUUUCAAGAAUAAGGGCAAGACAUGACAACACGUCUGGCUCAAUCCGCUCAUGUCAAGUACUGUUCGAUGCAGUCUUUGACUAAUAUGACCCAGGGAAUGAAUGACCUGACCGGCCAAGUCAAGCGACAUGCCCACUGAACUUUCACUUGGACGCGGCACAUCGUGCGUGGCGGGAAGUGUCUCGGGAUUUCGCUCAACAAACACCUCAUUACCAGUGGCUGUCAAGCAUCAAACGGCAAAGAGAGUGAACUUCUGCCGUAUGACUAUUCAGCGACAGGGUGGCAAUCACGUAUCAAGUGUACAGGAAGUAACCUGCUUCCGCAAGGAAGUGUUGGGACUGCAGAGGCAUUUGGGUGUAUCAUAACAGAGGCGUGAAGGCUACUGACAUAUCAACCAUUUUUUCAACCGAAGAAUCGAAGUUGUUCCAUACUUGUCCUGUGCAGCUUCGAGCAGUACGUUACAGUGACUGACCAUCUACUUUUCUUUUUACAGAAAAUGCACGGAUCUUAACGGCAGAAAAAAGGCGCACAUGCCUGCGCUUGCUGCGGAGCAAGAGUCGUAAGACAUCGGCCGACUCGAAGUGGACAGUGUGGUUUACUGCGCAGGACAUGUUGCAACCAAUUUCCGCUUCUGCGUCACUGUGUCAUGCAUCGUACAUCCUCUAUUCGAAAAGGCAUGCGCGCUAGAAAGCGAUCUACCAAGGUUCAUUGUGACAUUCCUCAAAGCAUGCAUGGUAAACGGCUGACAGGCGUUUUCAUUAAGCUACGAGUAAGUAUUGUUCAAGAAGCAGUGUUCACAUGAUUACUUACGCAGCCAAGCCAAACGUAAGCUUUCAUAAUCAAGAAAUUUACAUUAAGUUACCGUGCAAUUCACUCACACUGCUGUCAAACAGCGAUAUAUUUAUUUCCGCGUUAGCUUUAAGAACAAAGCAAAGUUAUGCGAGGCCCAAGAGCAGCUGAACAGAGAAAACACAUGACUUGAAAAUUCUUUCCUUUUGACAUAAAAUAACACAAAUAAAAGUCCUUAAGGUACCUUUUUUCGCCCAUGUAACGUUCUGACACUUAAUUUAUAGCAGCGCGAAGGAUGUUCACGUGAAAAGGCGAAAUGUCAGGAAUAUUUUCUGCUUCAUCGCGACGCUUAACACCGUAUAGUCGGGCGGGUAAAUUGUUGACAAUGUUGUAGCCAUGGCUGUACAUAAGAUAUAUAAAUGUGUAAUUUAUUUUUCAUGUUUUCAACUGACUUCAACAGCGCGUGUUUCAAUUCUCACCAGUUUUUGUCCUUAUGCCACUUAGCCUCUUUUUUCUACUCUUUGAGAGUGCCAACACGUCAACGCCCGAGCUUUUUUUGUCUCAUGGAAAAUAAAUUACUUCCGAAUGA